AUAAUUGAGUCCGAAAGCCUGGGGUGGGGUGUCAUAACCGCUGCAGAGGCGGCCUUGGGGUCCCCUGCUCCCCUUCCCACGGCUGGGGCUGUAGCCACGCCUCCUCUCCUGGGUCAGGUGAGGGGCCCUAAGCAAGCCCAGGCCUGGGAGGCUGGGUGACCAGAAGGAAGACAGAGCGGGGUCCCAGGACGUCCAGAGCUGGGGUGCUGCAGUUUGCCGCAUCCUAGAACUGUCCCGGCUGGCAAUAGGGUGUCUUCCUGAAGGGGAAUGGGCACAUGAAGAGGGGCGAGAAUGUGGUUUUGCAAAGGGUGACCUGCAAGGCCUGUGGCCACAGGGGGACGGCCAGGAUGCUGCGACAGUGGUCGGGACAGUCGGGGCAGGCCCCGGGGGAGGCAGAACCCCCGCCUGCAGGCGAGGAGCUGUGGGAGCAGGAGAUGGAGCGGCUCUACGCCUCCCGGUCGCCGGUGCGGACGCUGCCCUAUGCCAUCGUGGACAAGCGCUUCAUCCGGCACCUGCGGGAGCCGAAUGGAGUGAAGAGCUCGUGCUGGCAGCGGUGGCAGCGCAGGUGGCAGAUCGCACGACGACGCCUGGGGGAGGCGGCGCACCGGCUGGCCCAGGGCUUCGGGCUCUGGGAGGGGGCUCUCUACGAGAUCGGAGGCCUCUUUGGCACCGGGAUCCAGUCCUACUUCACCUUCCUCCGUUUCCUACUGCUGCUCAACGUGCUGACUGUGGGGCUGACUGCCAGCAUGGUGCUACUGCCCCUGGCCUGGCUCCGCCCCCCGGACCCAGGCUCCGCCCAGAACUUGACCCUGCAGUGCCCUGGCAGCCACCAGCCCCAGAUUGGCAUUCCGAAAUUCCACAAUCAACUUUGGAAUGUUUUAACUGGCAGGGCCUUCACCAACACCUAUCUCUUCUAUGGCGGGUACCGGGCGGCGCCCGAGAGCAGCUCUGCAUACAGCAUCCGCCUGGCCUACCUCCUCAGCCCACUGGCCUGCCUGCUCCUCUGCUUCUGUGGGACCCUACGGCGGAUGGUGAAGGGGCUGCCACAGAGGCUUCUCCUGGGCCAGGACUACAGAGCGCCUCUCAGUGCCAAGGUCUUCUCCUCCUGGGACUUCUGCAUCCGGGUCCAGGAAGCGGCCAUCAUCAAGAAGCAUGAAAUCAGCAAUGAAUUCAAGGCAGAGCUGGAAGAGGGCCGGCGCCUCCAACUGGCGCAGCAGCGGUCCCCCACCCAGAGGGCCUGCCACCUGCUCACCUUCCUGUGGGUCAACGUCCUCAUCGGGCUCCUGGUGGUUGGGGCCAUCAGUGCCAUCUUCUGGGCCACCAAGUACUCGCAGGACAAGAAGGAGGAGGACCUGUUCGUGGUACUACAAUAUCUCCCCCCAGGGGUCAUCGCCCUGGUCAACUUCCUGGGUCCUCUGUUGUUUGUGUUCCUGGUCCAACUGGAGAACUACCCCCCCAGCACCGAGGUCAACCUCACCCUCAUCUGGUGCGUGGUGCUGAAACUGGCCAGCCUGGGCAUGUUCUCCUUCUCCCUGGGCCAGAGCACCCUGUGCAUCGGCGGAAACAGAACCAGCUGCGAGGCCUACGGCUACAACGCCUGUGACUACCAGUGCUGGGAGAACGCAGUGGGCGAGGAGCUGUACAAGCUGAUCAUCUUCAACUUCCUCCUCACCGUGGCCUUCGCCUUCCUGGUCAGCCUGCCUCGGAGGCUGCUGGUAGAGCGAUUCUCAGGCUGGUUCUGGACUUGGCUGGACCGAGAGGAGUUUCUGGUGCCCAAGAAUGUGCUGGACAUCCUGGCAGGGCAGACGGUCACCUGGGUGGGCCUCUUCUUCUGCCCCCUGCUCCCCCUGCUCAACAGCAUCUUCCUGUUCCUCACCUUCUACAUCAAGAAGUACACCCUCCUGAGGAACUCCAGGCCUUCCCCGCGGCUCUUCCGUGCCUCCAGCUCCACCUUCUUCUUCCAGCUAGUGCUGCUGCUGGGCCUGCUCCUGGCCGCAGUGCCCCUGGGCUACGUGGUCAGCAGCACCCACUCCUCCCGGGACUGUGGACUCUUCACCAACUACUCAGCCCCCUGGCAGGUGGUCCCUGAGGUGGUGGCCCUGUGGCUCCCGCUGCCUGGCCAGCGUGCCCUCAACUACCUCAGUUCCCAUGCCUUCAGCUUCCCCCUCCUCAUCCUGCUCAGCCUGGUCCUGACCGUGUGCGUGUCCCAGUCCCGCGCCAACGCGAAAACCAUCCAUGAGCUCCGGAAGCAGCUAGUGUGGCAAGGCCGGGAGAAGUGGCACCUGGUGGAGGACCUGUCACGGCUGCUGCCAGAGCCGGCCCCGAGCGAUUCUCCAGGACCCGAGUCCCCUCUCUCCCGAGCUUCGCGCCCACGGUCCUUCUACCCCGGUUUCCCUUGCCCAGGAUCCCCGGGCCCCAGGGCCCCCCGACCGGGCCCUUCCCGGGUUGUUCCCACUGGGCUGAGCCCCGGGUGUCCCGGCCCCUCCUCCAGAUUCCGCUACCCCAGCGGCGGGGCUCUGUAGCGCGGACCCCACGUGCCCUGCCUGGACCCACUUCCUCCCCAGGCCCUCUUAGCCCAUGCUCCAGAGCCCUGGUGACCACUGCCCCUCCCUGCUCCCGGGCCUCCCCCAGGACUCCCCAGAGAGGGCCAGCAGGAAGACAUAGGGAAAUUUCUAUCAUCUAUAUUUUUAUCUUAUCCCUUCGAGUUUCCUUUUUUGUUGCUGUUGACGUUUUAUAAUACACACAUAUAUUAGUAUGUGACGGCUGAAGGUAACUUUCAAAAUACAUCAACUGGGAGUGCUCAGAAGUUGCUUAC